GGGAUGGGGCCAAAAACCCUGAAUUCAGCGAUAUUUAUACGAACUCCGAGAAAUGCCAUGAAAAAAACGCUACCCAGAAUGCUAAAGCUUCGUCUUCAUCUUCUUUCUCUUCGAAAUUCUUCAAUUUGUCGUCUCUGAUCAUCUGGGUCCGUUGCCGGUGAACAAAUUGGAGCCAUCAUCAAUGGCUUUCUGUACUAUCCCUUUCAAUUCGCAGCUCCAAUUUCCUGCCAUUUCGUUUAGGAAGAAUUUCGCCUGCAAUUCUGUUGGGUCUCACGGUUCGUUCGCUUUUCCCUCGAGGUCGAAGAAUCGGAAGAGUUCACUCAUCCAGAAGACCGCCAUAACAUGUAAUUCCACCGCUUCCAAACAACAAGUCGAGAUAGUUUAUAAUCCUGAUGAAAGGAUAAACAAGUUGGCUGAUGAAGUGGACCGGGAUGCUCCUCUUUCGAGGCUCACUCUGUUCUCGCCUUGCAAGAUUAAUGUUUUCUUGAGAAUAACUAAGAAGAGGGAAGAUGGAUAUCAUGAUUUGGCAUCUCUUUUUCAUGUGAUAAGCUUAGGGGAUACAAUUAAAUUUUCGCUGUCGCCAUCGAAGAAGGACCGUCUUUCUACCAAUGUAUCUGGGGUACCCCUUGAUGAUAAAAAUUUGAUCAUAAAGGCUCUUAACCUUUACAGGAAAAAGACUGGCAGUGAGAAUUUUUUCUGGAUCCAUCUCGACAAAAAGGUACCAACUGGAGCGGGGCUUGGCGGAGGAAGCAGUAAUGCUGCAACCGCGCUGUGGGCUGCCAAUAAGUUCAGUGGAUGUCUUGCUACUGAGAAAGAUCUUCAAGAAUGGUCAAGUGAAAUAGGAUCUGAUAUUCCCUUCUUCUUUUCCGAAGGGGCAGCCUACUGCACCGGGCGAGGUGAAGUUGUACAGAAUAUUCCACCUCCAGUACCCUUGGACGUUCCAAUGGUUCUUAUAAAGCCCCAGGAAGCAUGCUCUACUGCUGAAGUUUAUAAGCGCCUACGGCUGGAUCAAACAAGCGGGAUUGAUCCUUUAUCGUUGUUGGAUCAAAUCACAAAGAAUGGAAUAUCCCAAGAUGUGUGUAUCAAUGAUUUGGAACCUCCGGCUUUUGAUGUCCUCCCGUCUCUUAAAAGAUUGAAACAGCGUAUAAUCUCUGCCAGCCGUGGAGAGUUUGAUGCCGUUUUUAUGUCUGGGAGUGGUAGCACAAUUGUAGGGAUCGGGUCCCCAGAUCCUCCAGGCUUCAUAUAUAAUGAUGAUGAAUUCCAGGAUGUAUUUUUGGCAGAGGCGAACUUUCUCACUCGUGAAGCUAAUCAAUGGUAUCAAGAACCCGCUUCGGCAUCAGCCUGUAGUCCGCCCUCCGAGCAUCUGGAUUCGGCUACAUAACUUGACCCUUCUAAGAUUAAGUAGAGUUUCAGCUUAUGUCUCUUCAGUCUGAUGAGAAUUCCAGUCUGUAUGACAUGAAACCCCCUCCCUCCCUCCCUCCAUUGGUUAACUUGAAAAGUUAUCUUUAAGUUCUCAUUCUCUCCAGCAAUGCCAAUAAAAUGUCAAAAUUGUUGGCAGGUAUUGAAGAUAACAGUAGCAUGAAUAUGAGCAUUAAUAAUAAUGAUACUUUUUUUUCAUGAUUUUUGUUAA